GAUAAAAUAGAGAUAAUGUAGAAUUUGUGUCUAUGAGAGGUCGGUUUAUCAGAUGAGAUUUGUGUGUGAAGAGAAUAGCGAAUAGCGAAGGUGGAAAUGUCGAAAGGCGGUUCGCUUCAAAAGGACGUGCCAUGGAGAGCAUCGUCUUCUUCUGCGAAGCCCAUCCCCAAAAUUCACCACAGUCCCCUUCUUCGCGUAUCCCAAACACCUGUUUCCGAUUACGGUAUCUCCGUCAUGAGGCAUCCGGACCCUAUAGGUGGUGGAUUGGGUCAUGAGGCCAUAGUGGAACCAGCUGGCCCUGAUUGUCUCGUACCUGGCCAGAAAAUGCCCAUCCAAUUACUUGGCCUCCAGGUCUGGCCAAUCCAUGUUGACCUGAAGUUUUUGGAACCAGUUGGGCGAGAACUUAAGAUGCUUGGAAAGGUGAAGGCCUCUUUUCUAAACCAAUGCACGGCAUUCAAAUAACAAGUUGCUACUAGCCAAAUAUAUAUGCUCUUGUCCUCUGAAAAUUGAAUUUAAAGUUAUUGCACUUGCACCAUGUGAUAACAUCUACGUUGAUUACUGUUGGGUUUAUAGGGGGACAGAGAGAGAGAUGGGAUGGAAUAUGCUUGAGUGAAAUUUCUUUCUUAUGAAGUAUACCCUUGAUGCAAAAUGUCCGUAUAGUUAUUCUUAAUUUCUUACCACUUCCUGUGAACUAGUUAAACUUAAAAUACAUAAAUAAAGCUCUAAUCUUAAAUAUUGCAGUUGCU